AUGCCGAGAAAACAGCGCUCGAGAAAAGACCGAAAGAAAAACAACAACAAGCAGCAGCAACAACAACAGCAAAAUAACGAAUCUAAGAAAGAACCAGAAAGAGAGCCCUCUGAAAAGGAAUCCGAAAAUAGAGGAAAUGAAGCCACUCAACCCGAAAACAUCCAACCCAUUGUGGAUGAGCCUCUUCCUGAGAUUCCAUCAGCUUUGACCGGCAGUUUGGUCGAGGGACAGUCGCAAAUUGACCUGCUGAACGCUUUAGAAGAAGAUGUUCCGCUUGCUCAAACUUCAGAUCAUACACUUGCUGUUACCCAAGAUAAACUCGAGUUCGAAUCAGAAAUAGACAAAGAAGAAUCUCCACCACAAGAAACAAUCAUCACCAUCCCAGAAGCUAGGGUCGGACCCCUUACUAAGGUUUCCUUAGUUACUAAGGGAAGGAAGUCCGACCCUAGCCCAGAAGUCCAAGACGAGAUCCCCCCAGAAGCAAGUGUAGUCGUCGAGGAGCCAAAGAGUGAGUCGAAACAGGAAAAAGAAGAAUUCGAAGCUCGGUCUUUGGAAGUCUUCCAAAAGCUCUUCAAAUCGCCGGUGAAAUGUAAUUUUCCGCUGCCGAAUAGCGCUCUGAAUGCGUCGGUUUUCGAAGCUUCAAAUCCUCCUCUACCAGCCAUUUCGUUGUCUCACGAAAACUACUUCGACUCUCGUCCGAUUCUCUCGAAAAGCGCAAAUGAAGCAGAAGCUCCAGAUGCCAUCGUCCCGAUUUCAUCAAAGCGCAAUCUCUUCCUGGACGAGUUCGAUGCCAAUCUCUCCGAUUCUCAUUCGCUUCCUGAAAACGAUGCUAAUUCAAAUGCCAUGUUCGAGUCCAUGCCCGAUUUAGAACAAGAAUCUGAAGAUGAUGGUGAUGAAAAUCGAGCAAUUGAGGAAGGAAUCAGCGCGCUAUCAAUAGAAGCUGCGGUAGAAGAAGUUCUUGAUUCGGACGAUGAACAAUCAAGUGAAAGAAUUUCUCGUCGUCUUGAUCAAAAUCAUCCGUUGCUGACCUUCGAAUGCGAGUUCAACCCGAUGGAUUCUGAAUCCGAUUCUGAAGAGAUUCAAAUUCAAAACGAAGAAGAGUACCCACAUAUCGAAGAACAUCAGUUAUGGAAAGGAGAUCAUGUGCAUCAAGAAGAGCAUCAGUGUCAACAAUCAGAUGAAUUUGAUCAAUUACGGGAAGAGCCUAUCGGAAAUAAGCAAUUUGUCGAUUCAAAUUCUAUUUCUGAUGAAGAUCAAUUUAUUGAGGAAAAGCCGGCUCCAAUCGCCGCUUUCUCUCCCUCCCCAGAACCGAACCUCAUCGACUUCCCAGUUCCGAAAGAAGAAGAAGAAGAAGAUCUAUUCUCCCCACCUCGUUCCGUUUCUCCUCCGAUUAUUCAAACGAUUCCUACACAAGCAGCAAUCAACACGAAUUUGUUAGCUCAAGACGAGAUAUCGUUCAAAAACGACUUUGAUUACGAAAGCAUCAUUUCUUCUUUUAAAAACAAUGGAGCAGAAAAUGCGUUGAUGGGAAGUGCGUCUAUGCAUAAUUCUUCGAUAAUUAGACAUCUUGGAAACAUGCAAAAACGAGGGGAAGGAGUCGAUCUGGCGCUGGAAUCCACGACCGGCGAAAGAAUUUGGGUCCAUCGCUUUAUCCUUGAAAGCUUUUGUGCCGAUUCUUCUCUGUCUACUUUUGGAAGAAUCGCCAAAUGUCCGUUUGACAACUUCACAAUUUCGAUCGCCGUCGAGUUUCUUUACAAAAACCGGCUGUUUCUAACGCUAGAAAACGCAGACAUGUACCUCUCCAUCUCUGAGUUCUUUGGCGGAAUAGAGUGCCUGGAAAUGACAAUUCUUGAGUUUCUUUGCCAGUCUAUAUCUGACGAAAACUACGCCGACAUCAUGCAAAUCGCGGAGAAAUACAACAAAUCGAAUCUACAAGACUUGAUUCUCAAUAAAAUCUGCGAGAAUGUUUCGGACUAUCAAAACGAAAUUCUGAAACUUUCGCCUGAAUCCUUCAUUGAACUCAUUCGCCGCGACGAACUAAGCGUUAAAUCUGAAGAAGACGUCGUCGAGCUCGUCAAGAAGUGGACAAAAGAAGACGUUAAAAAUAGAACGCUUUGGCUGCCAAAGAUUCUCGAUCACGUGCGUUUCUCGUGUCUCCAGCCGAAUUUCAUCGUGACGCAAAUCGCCUCAGACGCGAUUUUCUCCGGCCCGUGUUCCGCUUCGAUCAUGCAGGCCAUGUCAUAUCAUCUUUUGGGGAAUGCCAAGUUUGAAAAUGACUUGGCAAAGAUGUACCCGAGGAAUUCGAGCAAGAAUAUUUGCGUUGUCGGUUAUACUCGUGACAAUACUCAAAUCUCCGGCCUGAAGAACUCGCAAUGGAUUAAUUUCGACUCUUCCUGUAUUCCCCCUUCUUUGACUUCCUUUCAAACUGUGACAGUCGAGGGAUUCAUUUUCAUCAUUGGCGGCGAGGUGCAAAACUCAUCCACUGGCGCCAAGGUUUCCUCAAAAUCAGUUUACAUCUACGAUCCACGUCUCGAAGAAAUUCGAGAAACUACUCCAAUGAGCUACGGCAGAACGCAUUUUUCGGCCGUUUAUGUAAGCAGCGGGAAGAUUUUCGUUUUUGGCGGGCGAAAUAGCGAGACUGGCAUUUUGCGAGAGAACGAAGUUUAUGACAUCAAAUCUGCGAAGUGGACCAGCAUCCGGCCUUUGGAACAUGGCCGCUGCUCCCAUGAUGCCUCAGUUGUUGGCGCGAAUGUUGUUCUGACAGGAGGAUAUGUUCAGGAACGAAACGGCAGGACUAAAUACACAAGUUCUGUGAUCAUGUUCGAUACCAUCUGCGGGCUUUGGAAGCAAAUUGGCGAUUUGACAACCCCACGAGGAUGGCACAAGAGCAUCGUGUACCAGGAUGAAAUUUAUGUUUUCGGCGGAUACUACCAAAACGCCACUCAAAGAAUAACUGUCGCUCCGGUUGAAAGAAUAUCGCUAACCGGAUCAACUCAGACGAUCGAUUUGGACUUGAUAAUCAACUCGUCGCCAGGUAUUGCGCUAGAUGGUAAUCAAGUGUAUAUUACCGGCGGCUGGGAUGAGAAAUGGAGGAGAUUCUCUCAGAUUUGCUUCAAAGUAGAUCUGGACACCUUUACCGUCGAAAAGCUCGAAAUGCGACUGCAGAAUUCGGUCAACUUCCACCAAACCACUUUUGUUCAAUUUUGA